UAACAAAUAUACCAAGAGCUAAAAUAUGCAAGAAAUUUUAUAAAAGCAGAAAAAUUGAAGACUACACUACAACACAGAAAGCAAUAGAAGACAUAAUAAGUGCAAAACUUCAAGAACUUCCUGAAAGGCCAAAUCUAAUCUCAGAAGAGAUACGAAAUAUUCUACCCUUCGAACCACCAAUCAAAAAAAUGUCUCAAACAACUGCUAUAAAGGAAACAAAGCCUCUAAUCCUAUCUACGCUUGUUAAACUCCAAGAGCAUAUAGAAAAUAAAGAAAUUAAGCUCCAAAUUGAACUACCUAUCACUACACAACAAGAAAUCAUACCAAUGAUUAAUAAGCUUAAAGAGUACUUUGAGAUACCACAAAUCCUAAACUAUUUACUAAAUCUACCAGAACUUCCUGCACCAUCCUAG